CAUUGGGACGUCAAACAUGGCCGGCAAAGGGGGAAAACAGAGUCGUUCAGGCUCUGGCCUCCCAGGUAGAAAAGGUGCAGGUGAGCAGGAGGAAGAAGAGCAGCCGCUGCAGGCCGUUUUAGUCGCUGACAGCUUCAACCGGAGGUUUUUCCCGGUGACCAAAGACCAGCCGCGGGCUCUGCUGCCGUUGGGCAAUGUUGCCAUGAUCGACUACACCCUGGAGUUCCUCACUUCCACUGGAGUGCAGGAAACAUUUGUCUUCUGCUGCUGGAUGGCCAGCAAGAUUAAAGAACACUUGCUGAAGUCAAAGUGGUGUCGACCCACCUCUCCAAACACAGUCCACAUCAUCACCUCAGAAAUGUACCGCUCCCUCGGGGAUGUGCUCAGGGAUGUUGAUGCGAAGUCCCUCGUGCGCUCGGACUUCUUAUUGGUGUACGGAGAUGUGGUAUCGAAUAUUGACAUCAGCCAGGCCCUGCAGGAGCACAGGUAUCGAAGAAAGACGGAGAAGAACGUUUCGGUGAUGACGAUGAUCUUCAAGGAAUCUUCGCCAGGUCACAGGUCUCGCUGUGAGGAAGACGACGUAAUUAUCGCUAUGGACAGCAAGAGUCAGCGGAUUUUACACUACCAGAAGACACAGGGGCUGAAGAAGCUGCAGUUCCCUAUGAACAUUUUCCACAGUGCAAGUGAUGAGUUUGAAAUCAGACAUGAUGUCCUGGACAGCCACAUCAGUAUCUGCUCACCACAGGUUGCUGAGCUCUUCACUGACAACUUUGACUACCAGACUAGGAAUGACUUUGUCAGAGGGAUGUUGGUCAAUGAAGAGAUCACGGGCAACCAGAUACACAUGCACGUCACUAGGGACGGGUACGGUGUCCGAGUGUCCAAUUUGCUUAUGUAUGACUCGGUAUCGUCGGACCUCGUGCGUCGGUGGGUUUACCCCCUCACUCCUGAGUCUAACUUCACAGACCAGCAAGGAGGAAGCUGCACAUACUCUCGCCACAAUGUCUACCGAGGCUCGGGGGUCAGCCUGGGCCACGGCAGCCAGAUGGAGGAGAACGUCCUCAUUGGCUGUGACACCAGCAUCGGCGCCAACUGUUACAUCUCCAACAGUGUCAUCGGUAACAACUGCACCAUAGGUGACAAUGUAAUCCUGGACCACGCCUACAUCUGGAACAACGUCCACAUUGCCAGUAAUGUGAAGAUCAGCCAGUCUGUGGUCUGCGACAAGGUUGAGGUCAAAGAAGGCGUCAUGCUUAAUAAACAGUGUGUCCUGGCAUUCAAUGUGGUGAUUGGACCAAACACCUCUCUACCUGAAGGCACUGUGGUGUCCAUGCACCACCCAGAUGAGGAGGAGGAAGAGGAUGACGACGAAUUCCUCAGUGAUGAUGCUGAGGUCGGGCACAAUAAAGACAAGACCAAACAGAAAGUUUUCAACCCGGCAGAGGUUGGAGCAGAGGGAAAGGGCUACAUCUGGAAGAACAUCAGUCUGGAUGACACAGAGGAUGAAGAGCUGUCGCAGUGUCUCUGGGGCUUGGUGUUGAACCCCGACCCUGAGAGCGACAGCGAGGACAGCGAGCCAGACGGUCCUGAUGACCCAGUGAUCCCCUCUCCUGAGAUGGACGAUGUCAAAGUCUUCCAGAUGGAGGUGCUGGGGACUCUGCAGAGGGGCUUGGAGGAAAACAUCAGCUGUGACAAUCUUGUACUGGAGAUCAACUCUCUGAAGUAUGCUUACAAUAUCACUCUGAAGGAGGUGAUGCAGAUUUUAACCAGAGUUCUGUUGGAGUUCCCAUUCCAGCAGCAGGGCCCACAGAUCACCCCAUCCCAAUAUGUUGCUCUCCUCUUGCCGUUAAUGAAGAAAUGGGCGCCAGUGUUUAAGAAUUAUGUGAAGAGAGCACAGGACCACCUGGACUGUCUGUCUGCCUUCGAGGAGCAUUUCCUGGAGCAGGAGAGCCACUGGGCUGCUAUGGUCAAGAUCCUGAUGAACAUGUACCAGCUGGAGAUCCUGGAGGAGGAGAUGAUACUACGCUGGUUUUCCCAGGGAGCCACUUCUGAUAAGAGCAGACAGCUGCGCAAGAACCAGGGGCUUCAGAAGUUCAUCCAGUGGUUGGAGGAGGCUGAGGAGUCUUCGGAGGAGGAAGGAGAAUAACGCAGAGCACUUACGAAAAGGACAAAGAUGCUUUUGUGACACUUGAAAACUUGCUUUCUGCCCUUAUUAAAACAGCAGGAUCUACUCUGUAAGGUCGACAUACAUCUUAUCACACAGUGCCACGUCAUGUGACGGCUGUGUGCCACGAAUGUCACUAUUUAAAUAAAGGAAAUAUGUUGAA